UUAGAAACAAUGGGAACAUAUGGAAUUGAUUCUCAGCAAAACUAGAUUAAAGCUGCGAUUUCUAUUCUCGUUUACAAUCGUAGCAAGUAUCUCCAAUUAUUAGCUUGAAAUGCUGGGAAAAGAUGAACAAAGCUUCGAUUGAUCAUCUUGUAAUAUCAAAGUUGGGAUUUUUUUUAUCCUCGUUUUCUGUCACAGAAAGUCAAAUAUCUUCGAAUUAUUAGCUUGAAAUGUUCGGAAGAGGCGAGAAAAGUUUGAAAUUAAUUUCUUAACAAAAUCUGGAUUGAAGUCGGGAUGGAUUCUGUUCUUGAAUAGGUUACCUCCGUUGGAAUCGGAGAAGCGUCAGGCGAUUCUUGAAGGAACGGAGAAAGGCUCCGUUGACUGCGGCGGCGGCGUUCUCGAUGCUCUUGAUCGAGGUGAAGAGGGUGGCAUCGAGCUCGGCUUCGCCGAAGUGGGAGCAGGCGCCGGGAAGAGUCAGUCCUGCGAGGCGGCGAGGGCUGCCCUCCUUAACCAUUUUCCUUCUCGAUCCUUUUCGACCUCCUUCGCCGGCGUCGGAGAGAGAAAACGAGAGCUGCCGAGUUGACUUCUGGACAAACAGCACAAACCUUGCUCGAGAACAAUUUUAGGUUUUUAUCAAAGAGAUUGCUGGAUUCUACAGAGCCCAACAUUGCCUCCAAGGCUUAGGGGAAAGAGAGAGAGCGAGAGAGGGCGAGAGAAAGAGGAGGAGAGAUGGGAUGCUCCAUCUCGGGCCUCAACGCCCUCUACGAUGCCGUUAACGGCGGCGGCGACGACGUCUGGAUCAACGACAACCGCUUCCGGAUCCUGAGGCAGCUCGGCGAGGGCGGAUUCGCCUUCGUCUUCCUCGUCAAAGAGGUCGUCGCCGAUGGCAACUCCACUCUUGCUAGCAAGAAGUCGAUCAAUCCCUCCCACAACUCAGAUGAUGGAACAUAUGCCAUGAAGAAAGUCAUUAUCCAGACAGAGGAGCAGCUGGAGCUGGUUAAGCAGGAGAUCCACGUCUCGUCCCUGUUCAAUCAUCCUAAUUUGCUUCCUCUCAUUGACCAUGCUAUCAUUCCUGUUAAGGGUACACAAGAUGGAUCACGAAAGCAUGAAGCCUACUUAUUGUUCCCUGUUCAUCUGGAUGGAACUUUACUUGAUCUGGCAAAAAUUAUGCAAUCAAAGAAGGAAAGUUUUCCAACAAUCACGGUUCUUCACAUCUUCAGACAGCUUUGUGAUGGCCUGAAGCACAUGCAUAGUUUUGAUCCUCCAUAUGCUCAUAAUGAUGUAAAACCUGGUAAUGUUCUCAUAACGCACAGGAAGGGACAGCCGCCCAUUGCUAUUUUAAUGGAUUUUGGAAGUGCACAACCUGCGAGAAAAGAAAUUCGCUCAAGGUCAGAGGCAUUGCAUUUACAGGAAUGGGCUAGUGAGCAUUGUUCUGCACCUUUCCGGGCUCCUGAGUUGUGGGACUGCCCAAGCCAUGCCGAUAUUGAUGAAAGGACAGAUAUAUGGUCUCUUGGAUGUACAUUAUACGCAAUAAUGUAUGGCACAUCCCCAUUUGAGUAUGUGCUUGGCGAGUCAGGAGGUAGCUUACAGUUAGCUGUCAUGAAUGCCCAGAUCAAAUGGCCUUCCGAACUGAACCCGCACCAUCACCCUCACCCUCACCCUGAGAGCCUCCGCCAGUUCGUGGCAUGGAUGCUACAACCCCAACCUGCGAUGAGGCCAAACAUUGACGACAUAAUCAUCCAUGUAGACAAGUUCAUAUCCAAGUAUUCAUCCUGAAGUGUGAAGAAAUUGUUUGUGGAUCGACCUUUGUAAGUUUCUUCUUUUUUGGGUUGUAUUUGCCUUUUAUGUGAUGAAAUUCUGUAGAUUCAACGAUAAGUGUUACAGAUGCUCUUGUUCAAAUAUAGUUUGUUAUUUGCCUU